AUGCCUUUUACUAAUCACAGCCUGAGCCGGGCUCUGGCACUUUUAUGUAUACUUAUCACGAGCAGUUCUGCGCAGAACUGCUACUUCCCUGAUGGAUCUUUGUCGAAACACACGUCCUGCUCUGCGACUGGAACGGCCUCGGCGUGCUGCGCAUCGAAUGCGUUCUGUUUGGAUAAUGGGUUAUGUUUUGAAGAAGGCGUGGUUACACGUGGGAGCUGCACGGACAGAGCGUGGAAGAGCGGUGCAUGUCCUGGAUAUUGCAAAGAAGAACAACGGAAUGGAAGCAUAGCAAUUACACCAUGCUCGCUGGAUGGCAGCCAGAGUACUUUUACCUGCGGCUUGAACAACACGGCCUGCAGGAACGAAUCCCGGACAUUCGGCUUGCCAGGAAGUAGCGCCCUGGUUCUGCGACCUGCACAAGUAUCAGCCCUGGUUGCGCCAGUGUUGAGCAGUGUCGCGGCUCAAGCUUCUGCAUCGGCUUCCGAACAGGCGCAGGCGACAGUGACAUCAUGUACCGGAGCCCAGGCGAUUCCAAGUGGGAUGUAUUAUACACCAGGCCAGAUGGCAGGACUUGGAGUUGGGUUAGGGAUCCCUUUGCUCAUCGCUGCGUGCACUGCUAUCAUGCUAUGGAACAAGGAGAGGUCGCGCCAUCCCAAGCUUAUGUACCAAUUGCCUGAUGAGCUGAACAUGGAUCUCAAGCCAAUGCCGCCGAACAUGUUCCCAGCGCAUCCGGCAGUUCGAUCAAUUCCUCCAUCCCGGGAUGGCUAUCCAACAUCGAGAGAUGGAAUACCGAUUUCACGAGAUGGCUUUCCCACGUCGAAAGAAAGCUAUGACUAUGCGCAUAGCUUCCGCACUGUAACACCAACAACACCAAUCCAAGGCAGAGAAACGCCGCAACACAUGCAAACCUUUGCAGAGCGAUAUCAAGCUAUGAACAAGCAGAUGGGCCACAGCCGGAUGUCAGAGCAAAGCCGCUAUGAAUUAGAUGGGCAACCUGUAGGCUCGGCUUUUAGAUUCACAGCAUACGGGAAACCGUUAGCGGAGAAGGAAAAGACCGUCACUGCAACGACUGUGGAAUUGGGCAAGCGGACCACGACUAUGACGACGACGAAUUCGAAAUCUUCUCGAGAAAGGACACGAUGA